UUUCGAUAGCCUGCCUAUUUGCGUCGCUUCGCAUUUUUGAUUUGGUGCAUUUUAGUUGUUUACCAGCGUGGAAUAUUAUUGACCGAGAGAUCGCGGAACGGAUUGUGUCGAUUUUGUAUGAAUUUUUUCCACUGCGGAUUCAGCUGAUGUUGAUUUUGCUUUUUUUGUGCGUCUGAAAGUGCAUUGUGGCAUAGUCAUUGUUCGGGCUUUGAAUAGUACUCGAUCGCGAUCGCGCUACAGUGAGUUUAAUUUGUCAUCCAAAUUAAUAAUUUUCGCUGGCACUUCCUACUUUGGAGAGCAGAAAAACAGUAGGCACCAAUAGCCAUUUUUUCUCCUAUGGUUAAAUCAUCAUUCCAAUCCUGAAGGUAACCACCAGGUGAAGUGCGAUUUGAAAACGUCAUCUUCGACCGCAGAGUGAUCGCAGUAAACCAGUGCAUAUGCAGCAGUGAUCUAUCGAGUGAUCGAGGAAAUUUUGUGUGUGUAAAAGUUGCAGUGCGAUUUUCGACCUCAAAGUGCUCAAGUUGGUGCGCAGAUUUGGUUGCUUGCAGUGGUGUUGGAUUAAGGUCUAAAGUGUAACUUACGGAAAGUGGAGAGUGUUAGGCCAACAGUAGGCAACAACAGCAACAGAAGAAGCAAUCAUAGAAGUCACAGUGUUGGAGAACUCCGCAUACCAACGAUCGGUUCAUACAAACGUGUGCACAUACACAUCAGUGCGAAAACAUUGUGUUGUGAGCUACUUAUUACUCAGUUGGUCGAUCACUCACCACAGAGCAGCCGAGCGCCUCCACCGAGGAAAAAUAUCAAACACCACACCAAAGCAGAGAGGGAGACGUGUUGUGUGUUUGAAAGUUCGCCGAAGUUAGACGUCGUCGAGUUGAUCGAGUAGUGCGGAAUUGCGCGGGGAGCUCGCCGUAGCUUUGCUGUCCGUCAAGAUAGGUCCUCCGAAGUGACAACCCGAAGAGUUUGGCGAAGCGAUCCUCCGGUGCCGCGAUGGCGUCCACACUGAUGUUCUGGAACAAGCAGAACUCCAACAACCAAAACGGAAACGAUGCCAAGAACACAAAGAAUGGCCGCAACUGGCUGCACGCCCCGGACGUGCUGGUCAACGGCCAUGUCGCAUAUCUAGUCAAAUUCCUCGGAACUACCCCAGUCGAGCAGGCGAAAGGCAUCGAAGUGGUGAAGGAAGCCAUCCGGAGGUUGCAGUUCACACAGCAAAUGAAGAAAGCGGAAGGUGGCAGUAAUGUUAAGACGAAAAAGGUCGAAAUCACCAUCAGUGUAGAUGGCGUUGCAAUACAGGAACCCCGCACCCAAACGAUCCUGCAUCAGUUCCCGCUGCACAAAAUCUCCUACUGUGCCGACGAGAAGGGUGUUAAAAAGUUCUUUAGCUUUAUUGCCAAAACCGGAACCGGUUCGGCGACGCCAUCGCUGAGUGCCAGUGACGAUACCCAUUCGUCCCAUUCCGGUGACCAUCAGCACCACCAGCAGGAUGGUGGCCAGCACGAGUGCUUUGUGUUCAUCUCGAACAAGCUGGCGUCGGACAUCACGCUUACGAUCGGGCAGGCGUUCGAUCUCGCCUACAGGCGUUACGUAAACGACAGCGGCAAGACAGUCGAAUCGAGCAAGCUGAAUUCGCAGAAUAAGCAACUCGAAAACACAGUGCACGCGUAUCGUCAACGAUUGAAGGACCUUUCGGAGUUGGUGUCCAAGCCGGACUUGGACAAACUGCUUCUGAGGCUCGGCCUGCGGGACAUCUGCGAAGUUCCGGCGUUAGAGAACGGAAUUGACAGCCACGUGGCCGCCGUCAACGGUAGCAAAACGCCAGAUUUGGGCAUUGAUGUGUCGUUACCAAACAAUGAUGAUCAACUGUUGAUCGAAACUUCGCCGAAGCACUUUGCUCCGAUCGUUCCACCAAGGAACAUCCAGAAUCAGAUCAAUAGCACACUGGAGGCGUUUAAACCUUCGGUGGGUACCAAGAUGGAGGGCCUGCUCCUAAACUCGGACUCGGACAGCGAUUUUGAUCCACGAGCACCGGACAACGAUAGUCCGUCGAUCGGAGGCAACAAGAUCAGCAACGAUCUGUUCGGAUUCGAACCUCCGAAGCAGAGCUUAGGUCAGCAACUGUUCACCAGCACUGCGAUCAAUAACAAUCACGUCGGGUUUACAAACGGUAACAAUGGAACCACAAAUGGAUUCGGUGCUCCCACAAGUCCUCCUCCAAUUUUGGCUCCUCCACCCCAGAAAAUCGCCCCACGAAGAACAACCCCAGCGCAUCAGAACAACGGCAACGGAUAUCAGGACUUGUUUGGAUCAGCGCCAUUCAACCCACAGGCGCUUGAUGGCACAUCCUUCGAAAGUUCCUUCGAUGAUUCGGGAUUCGCGGGGACUCACAACUCGACAGCCAAUUCAUUCUCAGAAGAGAUGCGAAUUCUGGCCGACAACUCGUCCAAGCUGGACAGCGUUCUGGCGGUGAACAAUAGUAUCCGCCCCUCGGCGUGCCCCGCGUACGCUCCAGUUAAACUCAUUCAUAAUGGUCCUUCGACGCAGCCACCCGCGGUCAUUGGCACCAAACUGAAUCCCUUUACGUCGUUGGCCGCUCCGGCCAAGAGUGUGCUCCGUGGAAAUCCCCUGGCCACGGUUAUGAAUGGGCACAGUUCGUACGACGUGUUCCAGAAUGCGUACGACGCGGACCCACUGACCGGUAGUAUUUCAUCCGCACCUCAUGCUUCAUCGCUUGGUACCGUUGCCACCCAGCAGCCAUCGUCGUCGGCGUCGGUCUCGGAGUCGGAAGCCAUGUUUCACGACUUUGCUUUAUCGGCUUUUCAUGAAUUCAAGAAAGAUUUAAGCAACACCGCCAACUUCGGGCAGCGACGCGGAGCGCCGCCGGCGGCCUUGAAGAUGGAAUCCGGUGGCAAGGGUGCUUCCAUUGUUGGCACGGCUGCUAGCACUGUGGGUAGUCACGGUUUGCAUAGUGCACAUGUGAUCGUCGGGGCUAGCGGGGCACAGUUCCACGAGAAGACCACAUCCAAAAACGGCUUAUUUAGUUCGGACGACCUGCUGGACACGUUCGAUCCGCUAAAAAAGUGAUGGACCCCUCCCCGAUAGAUCGAUCCGGACCGUCUUCCGAACCGUUCCAAGGCGCACCGACGUUCUUUUGUUUCUGUUUCCGGUUCCUACCGUCCUUUCCUUUAGGAAAACCCCCAAACCCCCUCAAGCAUUGCAACAUUCCAAUUGAAUCUCACCCAGCCAUGAAAUUAAGUGAAUCUCCAAUCAUUAAGUGCGCACGAAUCACUUUUUAUCCUCUCGUCGGAAUGCAAACAACGUGGAACGGAAAUGAUCUUUAAUAAUUAUUGCACUAUAAAUAAUCACCUUUUACCUAGGGAAACUAAUAGCGUGGAAGGAAGAAGAAUGUCACCGGAUGGGGUGAUGUCUGCGUUUUCUGUGACAGAGUUUAUACGUGGAAGAUUGAAAAUUUGGUAUUUGUAGAUGGAUAGUUUUUUUUUCUCCGCUGGCCCCGUGUGAAAGUAGCACACGCGGGUCCUACUAUUGAUAGUAUUAAACUGGAACGAAUCGAAAAUUGAAGUCAAAUUAAAUGCUAUGGCGAAAACCAAGUGCGUGGUGUUUUAUCCCCUCAUAACAAUGUGAUAACGAUGAUAAGGCGACGGAUACGCGUGGCGUCGCGUGGAGAGAAAAUAAAACGUGAGCAUUCCAUUCAGUGCAUGCCGGUACCGCCACGCUGUAUGCAAGUGAAGUUGGAUGCAAGUUUUCAGCCGAACAAAGAUUGGUAAGAACGAUACCUAGCGGCGGCUAGUGGAAUCUGAACGCGGUGUGUCCCAAUCCAAAUCUGAUCCAUAAGUAAGUGGUCGGAUCGUUGAUUACAAGACGACAAUGGUGCUAUGGGAAAAUGUUUGCAUAACUAGAGCGGUGUACGUUGGAAUUUGUUUAGCCAAAUUGGAAUAAUUUGAAUAUUUGGAAGUGAUUUAUUUUAUGUUACGUAAAGUUUAUACGUACGUUGGAUUAUCAUAUAUUUACAUUAUUUUGCAUUGCCCAUAUUUUCUCUUUUUUUUUCUUCGCCCACUUCUACAUUGUGAGUGUUAUGAUGAAUCGUCGUUUUUGUUUAGAGAAUAAAUUUAAUAUAUUUUUGUCAUGUAUGUACUAUGCAUAAUAGUAGAGUUGGAAGCAGCAACAAAACAGGAAAAGCAAGAAUAAGGAUUUAUUUUCUCCUGUCUGAGGAUUUAAUACAUGUACUAGGAAUAUUGAGAGUACGCAAUAAAAUGUAAUCAAGUAAAUACUAUCUGUAGAUUCAUUGUUAUUCUAGUUAUAAAUACAAUUAGAGGAUGAUGUUGCGAGCAAUAUGAUCAAUAAAAACUGAAUAUUGAAUAUACAA